CUACUCCUACACAUUCCCACACAGUUGUACACAGUCAUCCAGAGGAAACAACGCGUCAGUUUCUGUGCUGUCAUAAAUGGGAUGCUGCUUGUUGCCCUACUAAAACGAAGAAGCUACAAGAGAUUAGCGCGUUGGUGAUAACUCUCCUUAUCUAGGAAACAACGAGCAAAAAGAAGGCAGAAUGCUUUACUGAAAAGAUUUUCUGUAAAAAUCAUCCAAAAUGAUGUUUUGCUGCUUAAGAAGUUGCUUCGACGGCCUCGGAUUUUCCGCAAGUCAAAUUCCAAAAAAGGAACCAAAUCCUAUUGCUUUGGACACUUCGCAUAUGGGACACGAGGUUGUCAUUGUCAAAAAUGGUUUAAGGGUCUGUGGUCGUGGUGCUGCCCUGACUAAUGCUCCAUUAGCGCAGAGCAAGAGUUACUUUGAAGUUAAAAUACAGCAAGGGGGAAUUUGGGCGAUAGGAUUAGCUACAAGAUCAACAGAUUUAAAUACAUCCAUUGGGGGACAGGAUGCUGAGAGUUGGGCGCUUAGCUCCGAUGGUGUCAUACGACACAACGAACAAGAAUUGCAUAAGAGUCAGAAUAUUAUUCAAGAAGGAGACAUUGUUGGUGUCUCGUACGAUCACAUAGAAUUAAAUUUCUACCUAAACGGAAAGUCAUUGGAUGCUCCGAUCAUGGGAAUAAAAGGAACAACAUAUCCAGUACUUUAUGAGUUAUUUAAUAAUCAUUUAGUGGAUGACGGAGCUAUAUUGGAUCUGAUUUUGGAAGAUUUUGCCUAUUCCCCACCGAUGGGCUUUGAAAAGAUAAUGUUGGAGCAGUCGUUGCUCUAGCAGAGUAAUUCUCGUAAGACUAAAUUACGUUAUCGCUUGAUUCAGUAUUUUCAGAGUAAAAUGAACAAAGGAAGAAUUACUAAAAAGAACAAAUACAUUACUCAUACUGAGUAACACACCUGAUCACCAAAACUAAGAGCGACAACUAAUGUAACUUAAGGCUCGAUGUUGCGUUGUAUAAUAACAAACAUUAAUAUUAGUAUCCAGAACAAUUUGUCAUAAUAAUAUAUAAAUGUAUAAAUAAAUAUAUCUUUGAUUAGACUUAAACAAUAAACGUUUUGACAAAAACAAACGGAA